UCAGGAAGCAGAAGAACAGAGAGACUGAAACGCGGAAGAUCCCGUUUGGCCAAGUGAACCGCGCUGAGGUUAAGAGUGUCACAGGGCUUCCCCACCGCUACUGCAGCGCGCAUCAUGGCAAACAUGACCAACCGGACUGCAGCUCAAGUCUCUGGAGUAUCACUGUGACCGAUGAUUUUAAAAGCCGGUGAUUAAUGUGUGGACUGGGUAAACGGAAUACCGAUCGAUCCCUCGCGGUGUAAAAGUGCAGCACCUUGGAUCAAGGGACGUAGAUUUUCCUCUUUAAAAAAAAGUCCAUUAUCGAUGCCAAAAGAGAGGCGGAGGUCUCUGAAGGAGGCGUCGACCUGUAGCUCCUCUCCCCUGAGCAGCGGGAAAGAGCGCCAGGGCCACUGCUCGUCCUCGCAGGUCUGUGAUGAGCGGCUGCCGAUGGCGAGCGCGCGCCCGGUGCCGCAGCUGACCGUGACGGCGGAGGAAGGCAGCGGCACGCGGGAGCUCGGCUACGAGGAGGCGGAGGUGCUGAACGGAGGCGCGCCGCUCCGCCGCAAACUCUCCACCUCGUCCGUGUCGUCCACCGGCUCGUCCGUGGUGCUAGAGGAGUCCGAAGACGACAUACUGAGCGACAACGAGACGAAGAGCAAAGGCAUCGUUACUUUGGAGCACUUGGGGGACGGGGGAGAGCAGGCUAAGCCCUGGUGGACGUUGAAGACUGUUGUCCAUUGGCACUUGGUAGCCUCGCAGAGAAAGCGGUUGUCUUGGGUUCAAUUAGCCGGUCAUAAAGGCAGCUUCAAAGCAGGAGAAGAGGGCACCAUCCUGAAGAAGUACGCUGAGAAUGAGAAGCUAUGCUUCGAGCACUUAAGUGGAGAUGUGCUUGAACGAUUUGUACCAACCUACCGAGGAACGGUUGAGAGAGAUGGAGAGCUCUUUCUGCAGAUGACUGACCUGCUGAUCAACUUCGAUGGACCAAAUGUCAUGGACUGUAAGAUGGGCGUGAGAACCUAUCUGGAGGAAGAGCUGGUGCGAGCCAGGGAGAAGCCCAAGCUGCGCAGGGAUUUGUAUAACAAAAUGCUGGAGGUGGACAGCGAGGCUCCCACUUCCGAGGAGCACAAGCAGCAGGCCGUGACCAAACUACGUUACAUGCAGUGGAGGGAGACUAUCAGCUCCACCAGCACUCUGGGCUUCCGCAUCGAAGGCAUCAAGAAAGCAGAUGGAACAUGCCGCACAGACUUUAAGAAGACUCACUCAAGGGAAGAAGUCACACAGGUCUUCAAGGACUUUGUCAACGGCAAUGGAAAAAUAAUUAGCUCCUACAUUAGGAGGCUGGAGGAGAUCAGACAGACCCUGCAGACUUCCGACUUCUUCAUGAAACAUGAGGUCAUUGGGAGUUCAAUGCUGUUUAUCCACGACCACACAGAGCGAGCUGAAGUUUGGCUCAUCGAUUUCGGUAAGACCACAGCUCUCCCUGACGGACAGACAUUGGAUCACGAUAAACCCUGGCAUGAGGGCAACCGAGAGGAUGGAUACUUAUGGGGCCUUGACAACCUGCUGCACACCCUCAGCUCACUGCCAGCACAGUGCUCAUAAUGAACUUAAAGAUGGACCCUUUUACACUGUGCCAUGGGGAAAUAUGUGUUAAUCCUUUCAUUUGCAGCAAACGAAUCACUCGUGCUCUCUUGAUGCUCUAGCUUCUGAGCUGUUUCGCCCAGCUUUUCUCUCAUAUGAGUAACUACUCCAAGAAUCCAAGAGAGCAUAAUUUAAUUCACUGCCUCAUGUCCCUAGCUAAUAAAGUUGGAGAAUUUACAGAACACACUGACAUCAAUUACUGUGUUUGUCAGUAGCCUCAGUUUAAAUGACCAUACAAGCGUAUUACACCACUGCACUCUCAAUACACAAUUUACCAUGUACUAUUACUGAAAGUUCAUUACCAACAAAUGAUCAUAAAAAAGAGGAGGCAAAUUACUUUACUAAAUGCAUCGAGGUCAAGCUUUUAUGAUGUGUUUUAUGAUGAUUGCUCAAUGCCAAUGUGUACCAGACAGAUAUGUACUCUUCCUCCCAGAGGAUAAGAAACACAUUUAAGGCAGAGCCUGUUACUGUAUGUGCGCACAACAUAAGCAAAAAAUUAUUAUAAGACAUCCACCCACAUCUGGGGGUAGCUCACGAGAUUUAGCUGCCACAUUCACUUGCUUUCUCUUUAGUCUUAUCUUAAGACCAGUGCUGUGAUCAUGCUUUGUUUCUCACUUCAAGGUGUUGUGGAAUGACUCACUUGUUUGUGCGAUGCCUUUGCUUUUAGUGCAAAUGAAGACUUGCCAAUUCAUGCGAUUACUGGUGUAAUGGCAAUUGUGCGUUGGUUUAAUGCAGGUUAUGACUCAUGUGAACCAACAAAGUGAACCAACAGUCUUGGAAAUAGGAGAUUACAGCAGGAACCUUAGUCAUCUGUUCCACAGUGCAUUUAUAUGUAAUGCUAAAAGGCUGCAUAUAAUAACUAAAUACAUGAGCUAGUAAUGAAAUAACUGCAGUAUUAACAUUGCAGACAUAAUUUUCAGUAACUUGUAUUAUGUGUGGCCACUCUGAUUGUAUUUGAACCACAAAAGCAGAACUACUUUCUAAGCCGUUUUCAUCUUCUUGUUCUUUAAAAUUAGGCAGCGUUAGAAAUUACAGCUCUAUGUGUGUAACCAGAAUGUCGAGUUGAAAUCCCAGGACUGCCAGAGAGCCGCUGUUGGCCCCUUGAGCAAGACAUUUAACCUUCAACUCGUGGUAGUGUUUUACUUGUAAGCCGCUUGCUUAAAAGCGUCCGCCCAAUACCUAAACAUAGACGUUUUGUAGCGAAUUUGUGAUAAAACAGAAUCACCGAUCUGCAGAAACUGUAAGACACAUUUCCGUGUCUCUGUGUGUGUUUUUUUUUCCACCUAAGCUCUGUGUUCUCUGUCACCUCCUGUGUUAUUUCUUAAUGUGGGACUGUCCACUAGUAUCCAUUCCCUCCGUUGAAACUUUAAAAACGUGUAUGGGUUUACGAGGGUCUGUGGGUUUUAACCCCUGAUCAUUUUUAGAGACUUUCCUACUUGAAUAUCACUAGUAUGCAAUGAAUCAGUGUAUAUACAAACUCUGAUUGUUUCUGAUUGUUUUUAGAGCUUGUCUUGUGGCAAAAAGUGGUACUGAGAUUUUUCUUGUUGAUUUUUUAAAGGCUUUAUUGUGUUUUUAUGGUGUUAAGCAUUAAGUGUAAGAACAUGGGUUGCAGUUUGCUUAUCUCUAUUUCUCUGAAAGUAUUUUCCAUGUCAGAUCGGACAAAUUUUACCUUCAAACACUAUUGUUUUUAGGGACAAGUGACAGUAUUUGUUGUCACAGGAUGAACACAUAUGAGAUGUUCUCAUAAUAAAUAUCUUUAAAAUAA